CUAAAGAACUAACAAAAAGGGGGGAAUAAGAAGCAGUCGCUGGUAGUGGCUGCGGUUCCGUGAAAGGACGUCUUUUGUUUCGUGCAGAGGAAUGGCUUCUCUUAAUGUUGGGUCGACAUACUCAAAUUAUACAGACUUUAAUAAUGCGGUCACCGCAUUCGAAAAUGAGAAUUUUGUCCAGUUUUAUCGCCGCGACGCAAGAACAAUUGAAAAAGUCAAACGAUUAAAUCCAAGGCACCAUUACAAUCCUGAGUUGAAGUAUGUGAACAUACAUCUGACUUGUAUACACGGUGGCAGAAAUUUCUUAUCACAUUCUAAAGGAGUGCGUCCGAAGACGAGUACCUGCAGGGUUGGAUGCCCAGCUUUAAUCAAAGUCAAAACUACAGAGGAUGGAGAGAGAUUAGUUGUAAAGGAAAUGGUCAAAAUACACAACCAUGAAGUCAGUGAGGCUGCGUUCAAGCACUACCCCAAGAGGAGACAACUAUGUCCGGCUGAACGCGCCAAGUGUUCCGAAUUGCUGACAAAGUACGAUGGCAACAAAAGAUUGGUGAUUGAAGAGCUCACCAAAGUAACUGGAAAAGUCAUCCUACCGAAGGACAUUCACAACAUUGCAGCAACAAUGAACUGUCCUCCAAAAUGUGAGCGAAAGAAACAAGAGAAGAAACAAGAGGUGACCAAAGGGAUUCGAAUGGUGAUGGACACUGACACAAAGCUAAGAGAACAGGCAAGAAAAAGGCGGCCUGGAUGUGCGUUCAAGGAUCCAAGGAGGUCCGAGAAGAAACUGGUGCUUGACGUGGACACGGGGGUGGAUGACGCCCAGGCCAUCAUGAUGGCUCUCGCAGCCCCCAACGUGGAGGUCCUGGGGAUCACCUGCGUAAGCGGCAACACCUCCCUGGAAAACUCCUGCAGGAACACACUGCGCGUCCUCAAGGUCUGCCAGAGACUUGAGAUCCCAGUGUUCGGUGGAGCUGCGGAGCCUCUGAUGGGCCACCCCCUGUCGGCAGGCCCCUUCCACGGGCAGGAUGGGCUGGGGGACACCCCUGACCCAGAUGCCCCGGGCCUGGAGCUGCUGCAGACAGAAGGGGCUGUGGAAGCCAUCAUCAGGCUGGUCAAUGAGAACCCUGGAGAGGUGUGUCUGGUAGCUCUGGCCCCGUUGACCAACCUGGCCCUUGCAGUGAAAAUUGACCCCACCCUCCCUCAGAAACUCAAAGGUCUCUUCAUCAUGGGAGGCAACACUGACUCGAGGGGGAACACCACAGUGUGUGCAGAGUUCAACUUUGCUGCCGACCCGGAGGCUGCUUACAUCGUCCUGAACCGCUUCUUCUGUCCAACCUACAUCGCUACCUGGGAGUUCUGCUGUGAGAACAAGCUACCAUGGGUAAGAGCACAGUCGUUCUGUGACAACUGGCUGGCCCAGGACUCAGACAAGGCCCGCUUCAUGAAGAGCAUCUUCAAACACACCGUGGCCACUUGCGCUCGCUACCAACGGGAGAUGACGGCUGGCCCGGGUUUCGUGUCGUGCGACUCGUACGCCAUGGCGGCGGCCAUCGAUGACGGUUUCGUGUGGGUGUCUGAGCCGGUGGCGGUUACCGUGGAGCUUCAGGGGACCUACACCCGGGGCAUGAUGGUCCUGGACAAGCUGGGAGUCCUGGAGAAGGAGCACCAAGUUGUCAUCAUGAGGACAGUGGACCUGGAGUGCUUCAAGGGGAUGUUGAUGGACUCCCUGAAGUAAUAAGCGCUGGGCUGGGAACUACACCUUACUGCUGUCCCAUAUUGUUUAUUUUUACCAAAUUAUUUGGGAGGGCUCCAAUUCCACUCUUCGUAAUGCGUUUCGUACAGAUAGAUCUUGAUAAGAGGGAGACAGUUUGAGGUGAUGGAUAUGUCUCUAGUGUCUGACUUGCCAUUAUGUUCUGAAUCACCAUCAAUCAUUUUACUUUAUCAGGAAAUAAAUAUUCUACAAUGUUAA